AUGUAUGGUGGUAGUGGUCUGAACAUUCUGUAUGCUAAGACCCCCCAAGGGAUGGGCAUUCCGAUGUCCCAGCUCAGUGAGAGCAACAUGCAGUUCCAUGGAGUCAUCCCGGGGAAGAAAGCAAAGUCACUCGGGCAGAUUGCUCUUGAUGUGGUUUUUGCUGAUUCCAAGAAUUUUCGCAAGGAGAAGUUGACGUUUGAGGUAGUGGAUUUCCAUAGUGCCUAUCAUGCUAUUCUGGGCAGGCCCGCAUAUGCUCGUUUCAUGGCCCGUCCAUGUUACAUGUAUCUUAGGUUGAAGAUGCCCUGGCCCAAAGGUGUGAUUACAGUCACUGGGAAUAGGCAGAGAGCAGAGGAGUGCCUCCAGAAGGGUCCCAAGAUUGUUGAUGAGCAAAUGGCGGUGGUGGAACUGGAGGAGUACAAGAAGAAUGCUAAUCCGAGUGAUUUGUUGUGA